AAUUGAAAAUUAUUUUAGUACCUAUUUUGUUUGUUUCCGCUCCUGUACUCAGUAAUCGGUUUCGAAGUACUACAUUUAUUGGAUAAGAAAAUAACGAAACAAAAUAGUAUAAACAAAAUGAGUUACGGUGAAGUGCAUAGGUUUUUUUUACGCACUAUCGCAAGUAAGGGGGUGCUCACAUUUUCAAACGCGCAGAACAUUUUGGAUCAGUCAUAUCCCGAAGAUAAACCUUCAAUAGAAGAUCUAGCCAAACAGAUAAAUGACACAAUAAGGCCAUUCCAACAAACAAUUAAAAUUGUCAAUGAUGAGGUGACCUCGGAGAAAAAUAUUGUUUUCCUAUUCCUUGGUUUUGAUGAUGCUACCAAGUCUCAGAAUAUGUUUUCCGCACAAGAGCUAGAAUUCUUUAGAACACUGAUAGAGGAGAUCAUGACUACAGAAAGCCGACAAAUAUCAUCACAGUAUGCUUUGAAUUUGGUGAAUAAAUUGAAAGUACCCAAAACUGAUGCACAGAGACUAUUACGUACCUGGUGCAGAAUGCAUUAUUUGGUGGAGAUCAACACAAAUUAUGCUCUGGGGUUACGGGCUAUACAUGAGUUCCAACAUUACCUACGUGAGAAUAUGCCAGACACUAUUAAUGAAUGCUGUCUUUGCAAAGAGAUUGUUUUUAGGGGUUACAAUUGUCCACUGUGCGGAGAUGCAGUGCACACACGGUGCUUGAACAUGUAUUUGGAAGCUGGACCGAAGUGGCCGUGCUGUAAGGCUAAUUUCGACACGGCGCAACUAGAAACUCUUAACCGUGAAAGUUUCAGUAUAUCAGAAACUCAACUCUCAACUCAACUCACAACUCAACACACAACUCAAAAGACAAACGGAACCCAACACACAACCCAGCAGAGAAACGAUAGUAUUGAAGAAUCAAUAGAGACAUCCGACGACGAUUUUGAGCAAACUCUAGGAACACCUAUACCGGGUGUUUCACAGAGAGUUUCUAGGAAAAGGAAAAGGAUGACGAGGGAUUGAAUCCUUUGAGAAAUUACAAUUGCCUUGUUGAGAAUUUAAGGUAUAAGCUGUAUGUGAUAAUUUUAUUAAUAUUUUCCGUUUAUUUGUUUAAAUUUUAAGUCAAAUCGAAUCUAUAAUUUAGGAAGCUUUCAUACUUAUCUGUCCAUUGACUGAAUAUCCGAUGUCGUAACUUCGGGUCACCAUCAGCCAGGCUAGAAUGAGAUAUGUCCAACCUGGAGGUUUUUGAAAUAAAGGGAAAUGAAAAUGUAGCAAAUAGUAAAACUAUAAUUGUAGGGCUUUAAUGAAUUAAAAAAAAAAAUACGUUUUAUUGAUUUGUGUAGUAGGACAAGAAUAGAGAGAUGUUGUAAUGCGACUGAAGAUUAAAUCAGUGCUUUGUAUUUUCUCAAAUAACUCUCUCAUUUCAAGAUUUCAAGAUUUUUUUAUAUUAAUAAUUGACGGACCAAGAAGGUCUUGUUGGUAAACUGGAAACCAUAUAAUAAUACCCAUACCGCAGUAGCGUGCACUUCAUACAUGCACAAAAGCACUGCAUACCCAAAUAAUUUGAUAUAGCGUAUCGGAAGGUAAUUAUUACCAUUUUAUGCCAUGUACCUGCUUUAUGCGUACCCUGGUAAAAAACCCUGUGCACGCCACUGCCAUACCGCCUAUAGAACAAUACUUUGCUUGAGCAAUAAUUACUUAAACUUUGCCUUUAUAGAUAUUACAAUGUAGAAGUGUGUGAAGUAUGGAUAAGGGAGAACACAUUAACAUACUAUAACAAACUUUAUGCCCAAAAAUCAUUAAUUCCUUUUGUAAAAUGGAAAAAGUCAACCCCAAAGAAAACCCAAAGAGGUGUUGCUAAAUUGAACAUUUUUUUUUUACAUUAUUGUUGCAUUCAUAUAUUGGAUAGAAGCAGGCGUUUCUUUGCGGAAUUCCAUGAUAUGUUAUGAAAAUAAAGCUUAAUUUUCUAAACUCCAUAUGUCAACAAGUAAAAUUGUAAAGUCAACAUCUCCUGAGGGUGCUCCGGUUUGAAGAUCUGUUUGGUGUGGAGU